UCUCCAUCAACGCGCUUCUUCCUCUUUAAGAACUAUUCACCAUUCAAAUCCAAUUCCCAGAAAUAAUAACAAUUCUCUUCCUCCAAUGGCCUCCGCGAAACCCACCGACCAGGUCAAACAGCUCAGAGACAUCUUCACUCGCUUCGACAUGGACAAAGACGGGAGCCUCACGCACCUCGAGCUCGCCGCCCUCCUCCGUUCCCUCGGCAUCAAACCCCGCGGCGAUCAGAUCUCCCUCCUCCUCAGCCAGAUCGACCGCAACGGUAACGGCUCCGUCGAGUUCGACGAGCUCGUCGUCGCGAUUCUCCCCGACAUCAACGAGGAGGUGCUCAUCAACCAGGAGCAGCUCAUGGAGGUUUUCCGCUCGUUCGACCGCGACGGUAACGGUCAGAUCACGGCGGCGGAGCUCGCGGGGUCGAUGGCCAAAAUGGGACACCCGUUGACGUACCGUGAGUUGACGGAGAUGAUGAGGGAGGCUGAUUCUAACGGUGACGGCGUUAUUAGUUUUAAUGAGUUUGCGCAUAUCAUGGCCAAGUCCGCCGCUGAUUUUCUUGGAUUAACUGCUGCUUAAUUCUUCUAUUAUGUUUUGUUUUUGAUUAAAUUGAUUAUUUUUUUAAUGUUCAGUUGUUCUUUUUUGUGUUAUGCAACUUUUGUAAUUUAACAACGGGCGCUAAUCUUCCCUCUUUUCUUCUAAUUAGUUUAUGAUGA